AUGAUAAUUAUCGACAUGCAGGUGCGUUCUAUCAAGCAACAACCCCUGCUUCUACUCUUCUUCAUUUCUUCCGCGUUCGCUGGACAAAUAUGCCAAGGCAACGCAGCAGGUCUCGAAGAUGCACAGAGAACAGAGUUGCUGAAGUAUCAUAAUGAUCUAAGGGAGAGUAUUGCCAAAGGCCAGGCCAGUAAUAACGAAGGAUUAUUGCCAUCAGCCAAGAAUAUGUAUAAACUGAAGUACGAUUGUAAAAUGGAGAAAGUACUAUUCGAACAACUCAAAAAAUGCGAAGGCCGUGUUACAUUCACUAACGGAUACGGUCAAAACAUUGCAGUGAUCCAAGAAGCUUUUAUCGCUGAUAAGAAUAAUCGGCUCAAGAUGGCGUUGGAUAUCUGGCAUAGCCCUGUGAAAUAUUACGGUCUAAAAAGUUCCGGUAACAGAUAUAAUGACGCACGGCUCUACACAUUUGCUAAUAUGGUUUAUGCGAAAACACUUCGAAUCGGAUGCGCAUACAAAGAUGGUUGUAACCACAACAAUGUCGUGAAAACGCACGUCUCGUGCAUUUACAAUCUUGUAGGAGGAUUUCCAAACAAUGUUCUGUGGGAAGAGGGAACCGGGUGUAAAACGGAAGGUGAUUGUAAAACAUAUCCUGGUUCAUUAUGUGUCAAAGCUGAAGGAUUGUGUCGAUAUCAAGGACAACCACCUGUACCAGGAGGAGAAGAAAACAAAAUGUGCAGCGCUAAUAAAGGGAUGUCAGAUUCAACGAGGAAAAUGGUGCUUGAAGCUCACAAUACCAAAAGAAGUCUACUCGCAAGAGGUAAAGUUCGUAACGGCCAGAAUCCAAAAGGCAAUCUUUCUACUUCCUCUUAUAUGCCGGCAAUGGUGUAUGACUGCGAUGUUGAGGCAUCAGCGAUUCAGUAUGCUAGCACCUGUCCCUCUGCUAAAUCACCCGAAGGAUCCCGAAACGGGUAUGGAGAGAACUUUUACGUGUACCCAGAACCAAACGCUGAUCCAACCGAAGCGUUCAAAGAAGCAACAGAGAGUUGGUGGAAUCAAAUUAAUGCUGAUUCUAUCAACGGGGGAUUGAGAUAUCAGGACAGCCUGAACGAGAAAAAGAUCGAUCAGACAGCCUUCACACAGAUGGCUUGGGCGAAAAGUGUGAAACUUGGCUGUGCCAUACAGACGUGCUCUUUGACCUCCGUCGUUAUUUGCCGUUAUAGCCCUCCAGGUAACAUCCUCAACGAGGUAAUAUACACAAAAGGAGGAGUGUGCGGUGGCUGCAUAGCGGCUUGCGACAGAUCCGUUGGACUGUGCAAUUUUUAUAAUCGAUUAUAA